AUACACAACCGCCGCUCAAGAUGCCCAGCGAAGUUCUACAAGAGCCAUUGGUCGAAAGAAUUAGUGCGACGCCAGACGCCGAAGCUGCCACUGAACCGAUAUCGAAGAAAAGAAAGCGAGGAACCAAGGUCCAAGUCACUGCGAAAGAUGGAGCAAAAAAAAUGAAGAGCAAGAAAGCAAAGCGCGAUGAGGAUGAUGGAUUGGAUCUCGAAGCAGGAGUUAAUACCGCAUUUUCAAGCAUGGACAACCAGCUAGUCUCCGACUACAUUGCUCAAAAGACACGAAAAUUUGAGAGUGAUCUCAGCUCGAUAGAGCUGGAAGACAAAUAUAUCCCAGGUUAGUAUUGUCUUCCUAGAGAUGCAAUGGCGGUCAAUUCUGAAAUAAUGUUUGCAGCGAGCGAAAUACAUGAUACGACCUCGUGGGAUAAGCCAAGGAUACUCGAUAAUCUUCCCGGAUUUUUGGAGAAGUUUGCUGGAAAUUCGACUAAGUUAUGGUCGGCUUCGAAGAAGAGUGGUGCCCCUCAUACAAUCAUGGUGACAGCGGCUGGACUGAGAGCGGCAGAAAUUGCAAGAAUAAUGCGAAAAUUUCAGACGAAAGAUGCAACUGUUGCCAAGCUGUUUGCAAAGCACAUUAAGCUUCAGGACUCGGUGAAGUUUCUGAAAUCUACCAGGACGGGUAUCGCAGUAGGCACACCAACACGCUUGAAGGAUCUUAUGGAUGACGGUUCGUGCUUGAUAUCUGUUGUCAAUCGAGAACAUAAGCUAACACAAUUGCAGGUGCUCUAGAUGUUGAUAGACUGGAGAGGAUUGUGAUUGACGCAUCACAUAUAGAUAUUAAAAAGAGGGGUAUUCUAGAUAUGAAGGAGACGCAAGUACCGCUGAUGCUAUGGCUCAAUCAGACCGUGUUCAAGGAAAAAUACGCGGUUGAAAAAGGCAUACAGCUUUUGUUUUAUUAGGGAAUUGAGAGUAGGCAAUAAUACCCAUUUUGAGCUGC